CGCGAGUGUACAUGUCCUACCUGUUAUUAUAUUUGCAUUUCCAAGUUCUUCUUGAACAGUCAAGUCUGAUCAGUUCAAUAAAUCUGAUAGAUGUUGGAAAUGGAGAUUUGUAUGUCUACCCGGUAUGUUUGGGCAAUCAUCAUCGGAAAUUUGCGUAGAUUCUGGUAAAUUCAUGAAGAGCAAUUCAGGAUUCGAGCGUAUAUACCAGUAUAGAUGGCAAUAGUUAUCUGGGGAGCUCCAGUAGGUAGAUACCGAAAAAAUCGCCAGGUCUUGUAAGUUCGUCUACAGUACCGAGCCAACAAGUCUAGCACUGUAGCUGGUGGGUAUCUGACCGUUCCUAAGGAGAAGCUACAAAAGAUACAGUACCAUUCAUUAUCACGACUAGUGUUUUUCUACUUUCGAAUCUACAAAAUUUACAGCGCGAAUUUACUUCCCAAACUAACAUUUGAACAGAGAAAGGGUUUUAUUUUAGCGGGAUUUACUAGGAAUUCACUAAAUAUUUAUGAACCACCUACAUAGAGCAUAGAGCAAGCACAGCAAACACGCUAGUCACACCAAUAUUGAUCGUGGGUUGGACAUUUUGACUCUCUAGCCAGUGCUAAACCAGUCACGAUGGCAACACAUCGCCAUGAAUAUCGUCAGUGGCCAUUUCUCACGGAAGAAGAAUUCGAGCUCGCCUGUGCGUUUCUUGAUCGAAGAUAUUGUCGAGCAUCAUUGGGGCCUGCAAGGAAGAACCUCAAGCUGUCUAUGGGACGAACCGCAACUACUGGAUCAUGCUAUGUUGAAAUCAUUCGAUUAAUUCAUCCACCAAAAGAUGAUGAUGAUCUAUUACUUGCUCUUGGCAAUUUGAGUAGUGGUUACGCUCCAAAUUCUGCUCCGAGUCAAGAGGUGGAUAUGAUGGAUGAGGAUGAAGACGAUGAGGCACUGCGUCUGAACAAGCCUCUGAGACUGGAGAGUGACGCUAUCCCCCGAUACAGUCUGCAUUCUCACCAGCCUUACGUUACCUAUGAGAUUCACCUACAUCCCACUUAUAGAAUACCGACUUUGUGGUUUACGCUUCACGAUUUACCAAAUCAUGAGCCUGCGUUUGACAUAGAUUCGGUAUAUCGACAUCUCGUGCCAGACGAGUACAAAAGUGAACUUCGUGCAAUGGGAGUUAUGGGUGGAAUUUCUGCUGCUCCGCAUCCUAUCACAGAUGUACCGGCAUUCUUCAUUCAUCCAUGUCAAACCAGGGAAGCAAUGGAGAAUUUUGACUGCCCGGCAGAUAAUUAUUUAAUGGUAUGGCUUGGCUUGAUAGGUGGGUGUGUGGGACUAUGGAUGCCUCAUGAAAUGGCUCAGGAAGAUCUAUAGAGAAGAGCUUUUGACAUUCCGCCUCAAAGAGUUUCGUCUUUACUGGGCAUAUAAUACAUGGAUCCAAGAAUCAUAUAGAUAUUGAAGCUUCAUAUUCACUUUGUGGACAUGUAGCGACAAAACCUAUCACACGAUUGAAACAUCACCAAAUAGAGGUCGAUGUACUUCAUAUGCGAAUUGUAUAGGAGCCGUAGCCCUUUAAAUCCAUUUUAGUCGAUAACCGUGUGACCAAGACCAAUACGCCGCAAACCAGUCCCCAACGCCUUUGCCAUGCAAUAUCAUCAGUCGCUAAUCGUCAUCACUGUCUUCCUCCAUUGCAACGUCUCCUUCACUAUCUUCUUCCUCCUCUUCAUCCCGACGUCUUUUUUGUCCAGCAACACUUGCACUUGGGCUUGUUGCAUCUUCCAUAGCGUGAUCAGAGGCCGGAGCUGGAACCUGGAGGGUUGAUGGCGGUGGUGGGGGAGGUAAAUUGCUCGUGGUGGUAGCUGCAGACGGCGGCGCAUUGAAAAUACUUUGCUGCAAUUCUGUGGCCACAACCGCAGCCGCUGCUGCAGACGGCAUACGGAAAGUACCGUCCAACUUGGCAAUGGUAUCUGACUUUGAUUUGGCAUAUUGGAUAUUCUAUUCACGUCCAAGAAAUUCAAAUCCUUGUAAUGCUCUCAUAGCCUGUGUCGCGGUCUGGAUAUCUCUGUACACCACGUGUGCUUGGCCCCUCAUCUUCAUUGACUUCAGAGCUAUGACAUCGAGGACUGGGCCAUAAGUCGAGCACAAGGUGUAGAGUUCUCUUCGUAAAUCAUCUUUUUGAAUCUUCGACGAAGGUAAAUUGGUAAUGUAGAGGGUUUGGUUUGGAGGGAACGACGUCCUCGCUGGGACUGGUUUUACUGCGGCACUCAUUUUGUCGUUACUCGGUAGUCAGUCGCGUCUUGAUUCUGGGA